ACCAUCGUCGGCGAGAUCCGCACGGACAACGACCGCCAGACUGCCCGCAUCGUACAGAACCAAGCGGAGCAGACGUCGCGGAUUUUGGCGGACAAUGCCGAGAUCAAAGAGGGGAAGGCGAAGAGCAACACCGACGAGGAGUCGACCCAGCUGGCCCUGAAGGAGGCCGAGGACGCCAAGCUCCAGGAGGCCGAGGAUGCCAAGAUCAAGGAGGCCGAGGACGUCAAGAUCCAGGAGGCCGAGGACGCGAAGAUCAAGGAGGCCGAGGACGCGAAGAUCAAGAAGGCGGAGGCCGCCAAGUGCAAGGAGGCCGAGGACAAGCAGCGCAUGGAAGCCGAGGCCGCCAAGCGCAAGGAGGCCGAGGACAAGCAGCGCCAGGACGCCGAGGCCAAGCAGCGCCAGGAGGCCGAGGCCAAGCAGCGCCAGGAGGCCCAGGCCCAGCAGCGCCAGGAGGCCGAGGCCAAGCAGCGCCAGGAGGCCGAGGACGCUAAGCGCAAGAAGGCCGAGGACACCAAGCACCAGGAGACCGUGACCCCGCCGAGAAAGCCGCAUGCAGAGGUGGCGACGCCGCCGAAGUCGCAGAUCGUGCGACUGCCGUUUGGCGAAGUUCAGGUCGUGGGCGAUGACGGCAAGACGGCGACCAUGAAGAUGUCGUUCAGCAACGGGGGAAACCGCGACCUCUUCGAGUCCCUCGACAAGUGUGUGGAGAAGCUGACGGUCCACACAUGCUCCGGCCCAGGCGCAAAGCAGCAGGAUGUCAUCUGGCAGCGGCCGGCUUGGAAGCCCGCCAACCGUGGCCUUUCUGAUGGCCGUAAUCUCAUCGACUACCGCACGAUGAUUGGCGUGACCUUCUGCGUGAACCCCAAAUUUUUGGAUCCACGCGCCCACUAG